UGUGUUAAUGCAGCAGUAAGCUUUAAGACAUUGAGUAUAACUGUUUAAUUAUUUUAAUAAUUUACGAGACUUUUAUUUUGAAUAACACAACCAGAAAUGCUGCUGGUUAUCGCUGCUGACCUGACGCAGCUUCCUGCAUACACACACCGUCUCUUGGCGAACAUGGCGGCAACUUGACAACGGCAGCGAGAUGAAGACGGUGAGAGCUUGAAAAAGAAAAGAGGUCUGUUACAGGCUGUAGGCCCCUCCGCCGACAUAACGGCAGACAGCUUCGCCAUGUUGGAAGAGGAUAGCGCCCUUGUCCCUGCACGACCGAGGCCAGAGAAAACGUAAACGCGUCGGUGAGUGUUUCUAAAAACGGAGUCGAGGCUACGCAGAGGAGCGGAGCGGCGCGGAGCGGAGCUCAGGGCGGGCGGGAGGACAGCGGCUUCACCGGUCAGCCAUGGAGGAUGCGGCCCGUGGUCGCCAGCGUCUAAUUUCCCAUCCAGCCCACGCUCAUUUUAAUGGGAAUUACCGCUGAACGCAAAGACACGCCGGGACAACCCACCACCUGACAUUUGAGGGGAAGAAAACGCGAAGCGGACCCCACGUCAAUGACUGUUGCGGCAGAGGAGCCCCCACGGUGGAGUCGUCCGGUUCCCAAAAUAUGACCAGGGGUGCUGGGACGUGUUGGCAGCAAGAAGAUGACGACGGCUUCCAAAUCUGGCUAGAGCCCCCCCGCGACAACCAAAAGCCAUUCACCGACUCAGAGAGGGCGCAGAGAUGGCGACUGUCCUUGGCAUCUCUCUUGUUCUUAACCAUCCUUCUCUCUGAUCACCUGUGGUUCUGCGCCGAGGCCAAACUGACCCGGACCCGGGUCAAGUUCGCAUCCUCCCAUCUCCUCUCACCCCAGACCCACUCAGCACACAGCAGCCUCAGAGGAAACCCAGAUGCUAUUUUUAUAGGAAACUCUACCAAACAUUUGUGGCGGCUCGAAACUUGCCACCAGGAGGAUAGUUUGUCUAAAGACUGCUUUACUUUCGCAGAUGCCGACCAUUUGUGCGGGGGCCUUUCCGACAAAGAGGGGACGCGGGCUGUAAAUAUGAGCGAUUUGUACCUUUCCUUUUGUAACUCCUACUCUCUACAGGAUUUGUUCUACGGGUCGACAAGUCCGGACAAUUUGAACUGCAGCCUCGACGUGCUCGGCAAUGGCGACACCACCAGAUGCAGCCUGUGCGUCCAGGCGUACCAACGCUACGACCAGCACGCCCAGGAGAAAUACGAGGACUUUGAGCUCCUAACUCAGAAAUAUGAGCCGGGGGCAUAUUCAGUGAGGACGUGCAUGGAGCAGUGCAAGACGGCCUAUAAGCCCUGGCUGUGCGCUCAGUAUUUCCCCACCACGCAGCUGUCCUGUCAGAGGAAGGUACCUUGCCAGCAGUACUGCCUGGAGGUCCAGCAGAGCUGCCCGUUCAUCCUGCCCGACAACGACGACCUGAUCCACGGAGGCAGCCCCAGCUUCAUCUGCACAGGGAUCCUGGCAGAUCAUGUACCAGACAGUGAGGCGAAGUGCUGCGACGUCCGAUGGGACUCCAAAACGGACAGCCCCUCAGGCGGUACACUAAGAAGGACUGCUUCUUCCUGCCAGCCCGAGGGGGCCUCGGUCACCUCCGCUGCCACCGCGAGACUGUGCAGCGGGCGGCUGAAGAUUUGCCUGCUGGCUCUCGUCCUCCUACACACUGUCAUCAUCAUUUCAGCCUCCCAUAAUUCCACGUUGGUGGGCGUGGCUGCCAUUUUCUCGCCAGAGGAGAGCGCUUCUAAUGAGGAGUGAACCUUGGGGUGCUGUCUUCGAGAGGAUUAUGGCUUUCGCAGGGCUGCCAGGGACACAUCUGGCGAGACCUGCCGGAGACGCCUCUACAAUCUGCCGCCGAUGAACCAUCAACCACAGGAAGUGGGAGGGUUUUAACUGGAGCUAAGGGUGCUGGGACUGGACACGGACCGAAGAUGUUUGAGAACCACCCCCCUAAAGAACUGACCUCUUGCCACUUAAAACCUGCUCAUUGUUUCUAUUCCAUCCAAAUGUUUUCUAGCAUAUUGUCCCUCUUCUCCUUCCUUCCCUUCCUUCCUUCCUUCCUCCCUCCCUUCCCUCCCCCCCGUGUAUGGAUGGCACGUCAGAGGAAUAACGGACUUUUGAUGAGUGUGCACUCUCGCUCAUCAUUACCUUUAGAUUUUUGCUGCAUUUCUUUCAGGUGCCAGAAUGUUUUUUGACAUAUCAACUGUGUUCCACUUCCUACUCUGCAUUUCUUACUACCUUGAAUGUGAUGUUGCUCGAGGGCCUGUCAGGACCAGCUCAUCCAUCACUCAUAGUUUCUCUGGAAAACAAAAUGUCUGUGAUUCUGCUAUAUUCUGAUGUUCGGCUUGUAUUUUUGUCCCACUAGAUCUCUUCUCGACCCCUUAGCGACAGUACAUGGCUACUGGUUUUAGGACCUUAAGUGCUCUGAGAACGGCUCGCUAUCGCUUCUAACUUGUUGGGCCAUUGAGCAAGUUAGGAGCGAUGGACCGGCGGAGGUAGUGACGCCACAGGAGGACAGGAAGUGGAGUUCUCUGGUUGGUGGAGCGUUCACUUGACCUCAUACGGUAGUGUCGGGUUUAACGCCACAAACAGUAUUUAGAGUAGUGAGAGUGCAGGGACACUAGAGGACAGUUGCAUGAUGCCAAAACACCAGGGGUCUCGUUUAUCAAGCACGCGUACACUUGUUCCUCCACAGAAUCCAACUUAUUAUAUAUUGAAAUGGACGUAGCCAAGUGAAUACAGAGGAUGGGAGCUAACUACACCUCCACUUCCCAGAAGGGGGAGAAAAAAAAUACCUGGAGGCCAGAGGUGGAUUUAAAUGCUUCCGGAAACUCCCAUCUCCAUAGAAGGGAGGUUUUUAAGCUACUGUAUGAAGGUAGACUUGUAAGACAACUCUCUUGUGUAACACAUUCAGUAAAAGUCUUUUUGCUGUUAAGACAAAGUCCGUAACUAUUAAAUAUACCCUCUGCCCAAAGAUGGUGGACGUAGGUAAUGACCCGGAGUUGCUCUUUCCACCAGAAAAUUCUACAGGGAUAAUUGUUGGUAAUAUUAUCAACACAAAGGUUGGGAAUAAGGGGGACAAGUGGUAUAGAACAGUGUGGGGUGAAAUCAAACACCAGGAACACAUUUGGAACUCGUCCUACGCUCGCUUUGAUAAAUGAGGCCCCCACAUCUUUGAGUGCCUCUCUGCUGCGUACGCCCCAGUGAGGCAGAUCCUGGGAAUGCGGCAAUAUAGAGGAAGCAGCCGCUGUUAUCGUCCCACUUUGUGGAAUCUUCACUACUGUGUGUAAUCGCAGAGAAUGUGACCAGACAGCCAAUCAACAAUCAAUCAGUCCGUCGACCCUUAAAUACCCCUAGACGCGCUGAUCCACCGCUAUCUCUCCAAGGUGAGCAAAGGGCUGUGUUAGUGUCAGAGUGGGAGGAGUUUUAAAGGGCUGAUCCACCCAUUUUGUUCCUUUUUCUUUUUGCAUAGUUGCUACCAGGGAAGUGAAGGGAUGAAGACUACUUUUCUAUACCCACAGAUUUACCCACUAUAUCCAAAUCUGACACCAGGAGCAACUAGUGAUAUACCAAAAAUAAAAGCUAAUCAUGGUUGCCUCUGAUGAUCAGUGACUGACAGAUUAGAGUUUCUGCCCCUAAUUGAGCUUACUGCCUCACAUCACACACCAGAGUAAGAUUUCACAUGGAAGUCUACACUUUUUUUCGCAUUUUCAAACAUUAGGCCCCCCCAGUUUACUCUCUUUUGCCUGAAUUAUCGAGAACUACUUUCCUUUGAAUGCAGCAGCGGAUGUAUCAGGCCCACACUUCGUGCUUCGCCCCUUCCUUUCUAGCUGUUCACCAUCUGAGUCCUGUGGAUCUAUGCAGAUGAACACCCUGUCCUUGUCCUUUCUGUUGUAAAUAUGUCCUGAGGAUGUGGGAUACCGAAAAAUGGCCGCCCUCCCUUCCACCCCAGACCCUCCCCCGCCCCCACCCCCCCCACUGUUGGAAAUCUCACUGUGUUUUCUGUUCGCCACCUUGGUUUUUCGUCUGUUUUUUGAGAUUUUUGCCGCAUUUUUUCCGUUGUCUAAAGCAGUGGUGUGAGUUGAUGAGUAGGACUAAGUUGGAUGUUAAAAAGACGAGAUCAAGAGGUCUGGAGAAAAAUAUACAAAAAAAUGAAGCUUGAAUUGAGAAAAAGGGUUCAAAUAUAGAGAAAAAAUUAUGAUAAAGUUGUCAUAUUGUCAUACUAGAGAUGCUUUAGUUUGCUAAUUUACUUUCUUUUUUUUCUACAAAAGACUUGGAUGAAAAUUAUUUAUAAACUGCGUCCCACGAGUCAUGAUCUUUUUUGGACGUAAAACAAAUACAUUUAUUAACAUUUUGUUCAAAAGAAAAUAAAUAUAAAU